AUGGAUCAGUUCUACUUCACGGACUUGCGUCGCUUGCCAAAGACUCAAGUCCUGAAAGUUCUAACGCAGAUUCAACAGAUGGAGCGGAAGAUAUUCCCCGAGAAUGAGCUUACACCUCUUGACGACAAAAUCUCCAAGAAGCCAAAUACUGAAAUUCUUGUCGUACUGUCUCAGUCGGAUGGUAAUGAAUGUCUGAUUGCGUAUGCUAUCGCCGUCCGCUGCCAACAUCGACUGUUGUUACAUAAGAUUUGUGUCUCUGCAGCAUAUCGGUCGAGUGGCCUUGGAACCAGAUUGUUGAAAUUGGUCAUCGAGCGCGCUCACAAAACUGCCUGCCGCACCAUCGAUCUCUGGGCGCACGCUGAUAAUCACCAUGCUCGACGGUUAUACUCAGGAAAUGGAUUCCAGAUCUUGCAGACCGUUACAAACUACUAUUCUCAUGGAAAUGAUGGGGUCAAAAUGUCCUAUCUCGUCCAACCGUGA